CAUCUUGAAACACAAACGUGUCAGGAAAGAAACACUUGACGUGCAAAGAGGAGGAAGACGAUAAGCAGCGCAGGCCAGCAAAACAUUGGCUUGCUACAAGCUAGCCGCUUUUAAGAGCGAUAUCACCGGCGGAGUGUCGAAGAGGAGCCGCUCGGCGAUAUUAGAAGCCAUGGUGUUAUCGAAGCCAUUGUGAAAAGUGUGAACAUUUUAGCAUGUAGGACGUCUCGUUGUUGAACUGCAAAUAUGGCGGAACCUGUUUUUCUGAGCCCUCUAUCGUCCAAUCGGAAUGCGCAUGGACAGAAGUGACAUGCUGCGUUUUGGAUAUUCGGAAUAAUGACAUUUACUGCCAAAGUACUACGUCGACGAACAAAUGAUUAAGUGAUGGAAAUUACCAUCAUUUCUGUACUGUAACAUUUUCCUUCAAUUUCAUUAUAACGUUUAAAAUCGAAUUCAUUGUCACUCAAACGCGCUGCUAUUAGAGUUGGAAUUACAGGUAUUUUAAAAAUGAUAUUUCAGAUCACAUAAAUGACCCAUAAAUGCAAGGAAAUUCUAGGUGCGUUUUGUCAUGAAUAAAAAUGAUGGAAAAAUGGAAAUACUUCGACAAGGAAGUGAAUCCGAUCUUGUGCGGAUAUUUUGCAAAUGUGUCUAAUACUGUAAUGUCCCAAAGCAGCUGUAAUAAUAAAAAAAAAAUCUCCCAGUAAUGUAAUCGGUUACAAUUACAUAAAUUUGUCAUUAAAUGUACUAUACCAACGUUGGCCUCUAGGGGCGGUGUCACCUUUUCCUGCCUCAAAUAAACAGACAAAGAAGUCCGCAUCAUGGCGUCACAAUUCAGCACUAAGCAAGCGGGAAACAAGCUAGCAAUAGCUAGCACGCUAGCUAAACAAGCAAACGGCGAGCCCGCUGGCCAAAUAAAGCGCCGCCCAAGACUCCAGGAUGCCUCGGGAAAUCAUAACGCUACAACUGGGACAGUGCGGCAACCAAAUCGGCUUUGAGUUUUGGAAGCAGCUGUGUGCAGAGCAUGGCAUCAGUCCAGAGGGCAUCGUCGAGGAGUUUGCCACCGAAGGUACCGACAGAAAGGACGUUUUCUUCUACCAGGCCGACGAUGAGCACUACAUCCCCCGUGCGGUCCUCCUGGAUCUGGAGCCCCGCGUGAUCCACUCCAUCCUCAACUCUCCUUACGCCAACCUGUACAACCCCGAGAAUAUCUACCUGUCCGAGGACGGCGGAGGAGCCGGGAACAACUGGGCCAGCGGAUACUCGCAGGGGAAAAAAAUCCAAGAGGACAUUUUCGACAUCAUUGACCGCGAGGCAGAUGGGAGCGACAGUCUGGAGGGUUUCGUCCUAUGUCAUUCCAUCGCUGGGGGUACGGGCUCCGGUCUGGGAUCCUACCUGCUGGAGAAGCUAAACGACAGGUACCCAAAGAAGCUGGUGCAGACCUACUCGGUCUUCCCUAACCAGGACGAAAUGAGCGACGUGGUGGUGCAGCCGUACAACUCGCUGCUGACCCUCAAGAGGCUCACGCAGAAUGCCGACUGCGUGGUGGUGCUAGACAAUACGGCGCUGAAUCGUAUCGCCACAGACCGGCUGCACAUCCAGAACCCUUCCUUCUCACAGAUCAACCAGCUGGUGUCUACCAUCAUGUCGGCGAGCACCACCACCCUGCGCUACCCGGGAUACAUGAACAACGACCUCAUCGGCCUCAUCGCCUCGCUCAUCCCCACGCCGCGCCUCCACUUCCUGAUGACGGGUUACACGCCGCUCACCACCGACCAGUCGGUCGCCAGCGUGAGGAAGACCACUGUGCUGGACGUGAUGAGGAGGCUCCUGCAGCCCAAGAAUGUGAUGGUGUCCACGGGCAGAGAGCGUCAGCCCAGCCACUGUUACAUCGCAAUCCUCAACAUCAUCCAGGGAGAGGUGGACCCCACUCAGGUGCACAAAAGCCUCCAGAGGAUCCGGGAGCGUAAACUGGCCAGUUUCAUCCCCUGGGGUCCCGCCAGCAUCCAGGUGGCGCUGUCCAGGAAGUCGCCGUACCUGCCGUCAGCCCACCGGGUCAGCGGCCUCAUGAUGGCCAAUCACACCAGCAUCUCCUCUCUGUUCGAGCGGACGUGCCGGCAGUACGACAAGCUGCGCAAGCGCGAGGCCUUCCUGGAGCAGUUCCGCAAGGAGGACAUCUUUAAGGACAACUUCGACGAGCUGGACAACUCGCGCGAGGUGGUGCAGCAGCUCGUGGACGAGUACAGCGCCGCCACCAGGCCCGACUACAUCUCCUGGGGAACACAGGAGCAGUGACCGCAGCCCAUUUCAUCAAAUCUAUCACAUGGAAUGACUCCAAAUGAGGGCCCUGUUGUCUCGUUGUGUUUUCCAGCACUGACACGCAACCUAUUGGCCUAAUUUUCAUACUUUUUGCCGCUUCCCACUGAACCGUCCCCCGCAGCCUAGAGCCGAAGCGUGGCCUCGGGAGCGAUGACACAAUGCAUGAUGGGUUACUGCGGCCAGUGAGAAUAUCUGGUUUGCGAGUCUGGCUUUUGAAUCCUUGUGCUUGUAAAAUGUAUUUUUAAAAUGAAAAGGCAGGUUCUGCACUGACAAAUACAGCAUACUUAAGGGACACUUCAUUCGGUCCAGUGCAAAAUGGCCACAUUUACAAAGAUGAUUAAGAUGCUUUUUGAAUGACUGAGUGUAUGGGUAAUGUUUUAUUUUACAUUGCUUGUUGGCUCUAUUUAAAAUGUAAAAUAAAGAUGUU